GAGGUCUGGAACCCUCGUGUUGACAAGCCCGAUGACGUCGCUGGGUAUACGGAACGUGGACAUGGUGGUUUCUCCAUGGGUGAUGUGAACACCACCGUGCUUUUCCGCGAAGGGAACCCAGUCAUUCUCAUGACGGACGGCUCGCCCUGCCCCAGUGCCGGCAGCUUGACUGCGUCCACUGCGAUUCGCUUCAUUUGCGACUCUUCUGCAGGAACCGGCAAACCCAAAAUGAUCGCCACUCUCCCUCCAGACGAGGAGACCGCAUGUGCGUUCUUCGUGGAAUGGCGGACUGAGAUGGCAUGUCCCACGUCCGAAGGUGGUGUGUUUGGAACUAUCGUUUCUGUUCUAGCCAUCAUUGCUGCAGUACUAUUUGCUCUCUAUCUCGUCGGCGGCACCCUCUAUAACCGCUACGUGCUGGAGCUUCGAGGCGUGGACCAGAUUCCACGAGUUUCGUUCUUUUCAUUUAGCGACACGGUGGAGUUCGUUCGAGACUGCGUGGAUCGCAUCAAGUACAGGACGUCUGACGCAUGGCAAUCGCGUAACUGGGGAGCGCAGAACUGGAGCAGUGGAAGUGGGUCGUGGGGAGGCUCAGGGAGGGGGGGAUAUGGCGGACUACGCUCCACGCCUGAGGAGGCACAAACCAUGCUUGGGGGACCGCCCGGAUGGCUGGAUGAGCAGGACGAGGAGGACGAUGAAGAGGCUGCGCGACAGGCUCCUCCUGCGCCUGCGCAUACGUCGCAGCCAGAGGAUGAGAGUCGGCCGUCGGGCAUGGACCAGAACGGAGUGGUACGGUUGUGA